AUGGUUAUACUGCACUCCACUGCAGUCAUUUUCUUUGUCGAACCACUAAUACCUUCUAUUCUUGAUUUUAUAAAUCCUCUUGAUAAAAUAAGAGCAAAACGACUUCACUAUCCCAUCGAAGUGUUCAUUGACAGGAAAAAAUAUUACGUCGAACUCACUGUGUACAAUACGUUUGCUCUUUUUCUUGCUAUGCAAGUGCACAUAACGUUUGACACAUUCAUACUACAAUUAACCCAACACUUGUGCGCACUGUUUGUCAUUGUUCAGUAUAGGAUAAACGCCGCGACAAAAGCAAGUGUUGAUCAUAAUAAUGAAAAUAAAAAUGAUAACGAUAGUACAACUUACAAAAUGAUAACUCAGGCCAUCAUUUUACAUAAAACAACUUUCAGCUAUCACGAGCUUCUGGACGAUUCUUACAAAAUUGGAUUGAUUUGCUUGUUGAUUUUAAACAUGACGGUAAUUACUGUGGUGGCAGUAUGCGUUCCGAUUUUCAUGCUCAAUGAAAAUGUGACGAUGGUUUUAAGAACUAUAGCCCUGUACAUUGUGGCCUUGGUACAUCUUUGGUUCUACAUGGAACUUAGCCAAAAAGUCUGUGAUAGCAGUUUGCAAGUACAAAAUACUGCUUUCCAUAGCGAUUGGUACCACACAUCACCGAAAGUCAAACAAUGUCUUCAAAUAAUGAUGUGGCGAAGUUUAAGACCAUGCACGUUGACCGCUGGAAAAUGGAUAGCUUUCAAUAGAGAAAAUUUUGCGAAACUUGUUAAAACUUCAAUCUCUUAUGCAGCAAUGAUUCAUUCCGUUAAUGAAGUAAAAAGUUAA